UGCUCCCUUCUAGAAACCACCCAGACAAAGAAAGCAAAAAGGAAAGAAAUGCUGACAGAGACUCACAAAGGCCACUGUGAAGCACGAAGCACACCAGGACAUCCUAUGGAAAGGGAGGGCAGACACAAACACAGUUGGCACAGAGAACAGCCAAGCCACAGCACUGCUAAUGACAGUCAGCACUCUGGAGAAAUACUCCAAAGGGCAGCUGCAGAGGUGGCAGCCAGCUUACUGAGGAAAACGGUCUUAAUCAGGCUAGUGUGCAGUGACAUAAUCACCGCUCACUGCAUUCUCAGACUCGUGGGCUCAAGCUAUCUUCCCACCUCAGUCUUCCAAGUAACUAGGAUUAGAAGUGUGUGUGUAUUAGUCUGUUUUCAUGCUGCUGAUAAAGACAUACCCAAGACUGGACAAUUUGCAAAAGAAAGACGUUUAAUGGACUCACAGUUCCAUGUGACUCGGAAGGUCUCACAAUCAUGGCACCAGAUGAGAGAAGAGAAUGACAGCCAAGCAAAAGGGGCUUCCCCUUAUAAAACCAUCAGCUCUCAUGAGACCUAUUCAUUACCACGAGAACAGUAUGGGGGGAACCUCCACCCCCAUGAUUCAGUUAUCUCCCACCGGGUUCCUCUCACAACAUGAGGGAAUUAUGGGAGCUACAAUUCAAGAUGAGAUUUGGGUGGGGACAAUGUCAAACCAUAUCAGUGUGCCACCAUACUCAGCUAAUUUUAUUAUUUGUAGAGACACGGUUUCACUAUGCUGCCCAGGCUGAUCUGCACUCC